AUGGCGCCCGAGGCCGACAGCGAAUCCUUGCCCUCGGAGCGCCCCUACCGCUCCCACCUUCGCCCGGCGUGCUUAGCCUGCCGGAAGCGCAAGUCACGGUGUAACGUCGAUAGAAGUGGAGGAUCCUGUCUGACCUGCCGAGCUCACGGGACACAAUGCGAAUUCCCACCGGCCCCUGAUGGAGCCUCGCCGCGGCCGAAGACUACCUGGAGAAACGUCCAAGCCGGUAGGUCAAAGGAUCUGGGCCACCGCGCCUCCGCGGCCUCAUCACCACACCCUUCGGCUCGGACAUUGUCAUCGGAGCUCAACUACAACCACCAGACGAACCAGCUGUCACUGGCCGAGGCAAGCCGGCGGAAGUCAAAAUCCUCAGAUGGCCAGCCUCCGUUGUGCUCGCCCAAAGACAAGCGGUACCCUGAACCCAUCGGCGAUGGAGGAGAGGAUGAGGCACACAUUGUGGGACCAGCCGAUAUUGAGGACACCCAAGUUCUAUCAACGUACCUGUCCAAUGAUUCAUCUGCGUUGAUUAGAAGUAGGAUCUCGGUGACGAGCCCACGGCGGGACCAUGGAGGUGGCACACGGAAACCCGUUGUCUUCACCACGGUGAGGAAGCAGCCUAUCGGCCUGCCUGACGACCGGAAUCCGGCAUUCUUGAAAUGUCAGAUGAUCGAGAAGCUCCUCGAGCCUAUGCUUCAUGACGUUGUUGAGCUGUUCUUUGAAAAGCCAAACCGGUGUUUCCCCUUGUUGGAUAGACAAUCCUUUGAGAAACGAUUCGUUGAGGAUAGGAGGCACAUCUCGCCGGCCUUGUUGUCUUCUCUCUAUGCGCAUACAAUGACCUACUGGGCACAGUCGCCCAGCCUCGUUAUCCAACAUCGCCCCGACACUAGGUUCAUUUGGAACCAGGCCAACGAUGCUCUGUACUCGGAGAUUCAUUUGUCACCCGGCAUCUCGACUUUGCUGGCAAUACUUCUAAACAUUUCCGGCCGGCCAUUGACUUCCAUCAUCGGAAAUGGCCUUCAGCUUGGCUCUGCUAUUUCUCUGGCUCAUUCGCUCGGCCUGAACCGAGACUCGUCUGAUUGGAAUAUCCCAGAAGCCGAGAAGCUGCUGCGGACAAAGAUCUGGUGGGCUAUCUUUGUGUAUGAUAAGUGGUCGAGUCUCGCGUACGGCACGCCCCCGCAGCUAAGGAGCGGCCAGCAUGAUGUUUCUCUUCCCACGGUAGAGCAGCUUUGCGGCCCAGCACCCAACCCGGUUGACUACGAAGCAACGUCUGUGUACCUCGCCUUUGUCGCUCUUGCUCGGUUUCUCGACAGAUACUUGGAGCGCAUCUACGACCUUGAGAAGACAUCAACCACCGGUCCGUGGGAUCUGGAAGUCUUGCUGACGCAAUGGGAGGACUCACUCGAAAACAAUAUACGGCGAAGGAUCAUCCGUGGUGGCGAGAGUCUCGACAUACCAGGCUCGGCCAACCUUCGUCUCGCGUAUCUCUACAUCAGACUUUUGCUUCGGAAGUGGGAACUAGACGCUGAGAAACCAGCCAACGCUGACAACACGUCCUCCAUUCCCAUGCGCUGCUAUCUUGAAGUCCGACGGGCUGCCGAGGAGAUUGUCCUUCUUGUUCAAGAGCUGAAGGACCUCCAACUUGGCGACUACUGGCUUCCACUUCUCACCUUCGCGUUUACGUCCACCACCAAGUUCCUCCUUCGCUGCGCUCUAGAGACAGAGAAUACCAUCAGCGGACUGGCGCAGAGCAUGUCGCUGAAGCUGGCGCGCGACCUUAUCGAUGCGCUGCAGGUACAUCGCCAAAAGGCCUGGGACGUGGGAGAUUUGUGUAUUGCGCAGUACUCCGAGGUCAUCGAGAAGCUCGCUACGUCGACCUCGAGCGCCAAUGUUUCUGAGCAACCUGUCAACAUGCCCGAGCUGCAAGAAUACGUAUCUGCUUCCACGCUUGCAGUAAAGCUACGAGACUUUGGAGGAUGGGCGGCGUCAACAGACACCUCAGAAUCAUAUUUCAGGCACGGAUUGCGACUCAUCAACCCCGCAUCAUCAAACUUCACUCUCGACUCGGGAGCUGACAUCGCCUUCAACCUCCAGGUCAGUAAGUCUGUCGAUACGAUCACACCAAUCCCGACACCGUCACCAGAGAAGGAUUCCGCGUGGUGCUUUCCGGAUACUGAAGAGGGGGUUCUGGACGCUGUCAAGAAGGGAGCAACUCAUCUCUGGGCCAACACCAUCUUGUUCGCAUCUCACCCAAUCCAAACUUCUAGAUCCCUUGGGAGCGUUCAAGAUACUCUCAAAGUCAUUGGGCAUGGACCUCUUGUUGUGGAAAAGUACGAUGACAAGGAAUACGUAAACAAUUUGCUCCGCAGCAUCGGCGGCUUUACAAUGCCUCGGUCCUGGACAGUCCACUCCAGUCCGACAGUUGGAGUCAAGCUUCGACAACUCAGCCUACCAUUUCCCCUUGUCGCGAAGCCAAUCCGCGGACGGGGAAGUCACGGUGUUCGGGUGUGCCAAAACCUCGAGGACCUCACCGCGCACGCCGAAACCCUGUUCAAGGAAUCGCCAAGCAUCAUGCUUGAAGAAUAUCUUGCAGGAGAAGAGGCGACGAUCACUGUGAUGCCUCCGAAUGAAGGGAAGAAUGACUACUGGUCCUUGCCAAUUGUCACACGUUUCAAUCACCAACACGGGAUUGCGCCCUACAACGGCGUGGUAGCGGUCACCGCCAACUCAAGAGUCAUAACAAAGGAGGAGGAGCAGGAGGAUACAGCGUAUGAUCGGAUCGCGAGGGAGUGCGAGGCAGCGGCUAGGGUAUUGAGUGUGGCCGCUCCCAUCCGCAUCGACGUGCGACGUUUUGACGAGACACCUGGGUCUAGGUUUGCUCUAUUUGACGUAAACAUGAAGCCGAACAUGACUGGUCCUGGUCGGCCUGGGCGAGAUGACCAGGCGAGUCUGACGCUCCUGGCAGCCGAGGCACUGGGUUGGGACUACCCAGAGCUAUUGAGGCAGGUCUUGAACACAUCGUCGACUUUGAAAACGCUCAGGGAACUGAAGCCUCGGGAAAACUAA